AUGUAUUAUUUAGGAAUUCCAACUACUCCAGCUGCAUCAAUUAUCACAUCUGACACUCUGGUUGAGCGUGACAUGUUUUAUACAGGUGAUAAUAUCACUGAAAAAGCCAGUAUAACUAGCAUAGUAGCUAAGACAUUCAUCAGGUUUGGAUCUUUUGAAAUAUCUAAGUCCCCAGAUCCAAUUACUGGGCGUUUCGGAUCAAGCGUUGGUAAUUUGACAAUUGUAUCACAACUUACUAAUUACGUAAUACAGCAAUUUUAUCCUCAUAUUUGGUCAGAAUAUUCAAAUGAUAUUAUUAAUUGUUAUAUGGAAUUCUUUAAAGAAACAGUGAAACGUACAGCUAACCUAGUCACUCUUUGGCAAACUGUUGGAUUUUGUCAUGGAAAAUUACCUUUCAAUUUGUUUUUUCCCCAUAAAAUAACCAGUGUAUUAAAUGCAGAUAAUAUGAGUAUUAUUGGCUUAACAAUUGAUUAUGGUCCAUUUGGUUUUAUUGAUCAGUUCACUUGGGAUCAUAUAUCGAAUACAUCAGAUCCAAAUGGACGUUAUUCAUAUGCUCAACAACCAAGUGUUUGUGCAUGGAAUUUAGCUCGUCUAGCUGAAUGUUUAAUUCAAGCAUUAAUUGAUCAACAGAAAUGUUCAUCUGAUAAAACAGCGAAUAAAGAAUGCAUAUUUGUUGAUAAUCUUUAA